AUGAUCCCCAUCCAACUCACUGUAUUCUUCAUGGUCAUCUAUGUGCUCGAGUCCUUGAUCAUAAUGGUGCAGAAUAGCUUAAUUGUUGCAGUACUGGGCAGAGAGUGGGCGCAGGCCAAAAGGAUGUCACCUGUGGACAUGAUCCUCAUCAGCCUGAGCUUCUGCCGCUUCUGUCUGCAGUGGUCAUCAAUGCUGCACAAUUUUUGCUUCUAUUUCAACCUUGACUGGGUAGUGUGGCACGUAUCAGUCAUCUGGGAAUUCAACAAUACUCUUUCAUUCUGGUUAACCGGCUUGCUUGCCGUUGUCUACUGUGUCAAAUUGUCUUCCUUCACCCACCCCAUCUUCCUCUGGCUGAGGUGGAGAAUUUUGAGGUUGGUUCCCUGGCUGUUGCUGGGUUCUUUGCUGAUUUCUUGUGGGACAAUCAUCUUUUCAGCUAUUAGGCAUCACAUGAGUACAAAGCUAAGUUCCAUGGCGCAUCUCCCUAGAAACAAUACUGUGGUGGAGAGACUUACGUCUUUGGUGCAUAAUUUUAUGAUAUCUCAGCACCUGGUUAUGUUGACUGUUCCUUUCCUCCUGUUCUUGGCCUCUUCCAUCUUGCUCAUAGCCUCAUUGUCCCAGCACUUGGGGCAGAUGCAACAUCACAGCACUGGCCACAGCAACUCGAGCAUGAAAGCUCAGACCACUGUCCUGAAGUCCCUUUCCGUCGUCCUCAUCUUCUUCACCUCUUACUUUCUGAUGAUAUUCAUCGCUACCGUAGACAGCCUAUUUGCGAAGAGCCCCUGGUUCUGGAUGUGGGAAACCAUCAUCUAUGCUUUAGUUUCUAUUCAUUCCACUUCAAUAAUGCUGAGCAACCCUAAAUUGAAAAAGGUUUUAAAGGUAAGGUGCUGGGGCCUAGAGGCUGCCUGA